AUGGCAACAGCAGCUGGAGCUAUCGGAUGGACCGUUGCACAGUGGCAGACCGACAAAAGUAGCAGUCAGGUUCAUCUUGGCAAUUCCGGCUCUGUUGGGGGCGAGGAGCGGUUUGCGACGGCGAUCGACGAGAUCGUAUCGGAGCUUGGAAAACAAGACGUUAUCUCUACGGACGAUGAAGACCUCAAGACUCAUGGGUACUCUGAAUGGUCAACGGUCAACCCCGACACGCUGCCUGUGGCCGUCGCCUACCCACGAAGCACGGAGGACGUCGCAGCCAUCGCCAGGAUCUGCCACAAGCACCGCGUGCCGCUGAUCCCCUUCUCCGGGGGCACGAGCCUUGAGGGCAACUUUUCCGCGCCCUACGGCGGCGUCAGCGUCGACUUUGCGUUCAUGGACCGCAUCCUCCAGUUCAACAAGGACGACAUGGACGUCGUCGUGCAGCCGAGCAUCGGCUGGCAGGACCUGAACCAGAAGCUGGCCGACAUGGACGCAGGGCUCUUCUUCCCGGUGGACCCCGGCCCGACGGCCAAGAUUGGCGGCAUGAUCGGGACCAACUGCUCGGGGACGAACGCGGUCCGGUACGGCACGAUGAAGGACUGGGUCAUCAAUCUGACGGUGGUGUUGGCGGACGGACGGGUCAUCAAGACACGCAGGAGACCGCGCAAAUCUUCUGCUGGGUAUAACCUGAACGGCCUCUUUGUUGGCUCUGAAGGAACUCUAGGAAUCGUGACUGAAGCCGUGAUCCCCGAGAUGUACUCUGUGGGCGUCGUCUCGUUUCCGACAAUCCGCGCGGCCGCAACCGCAGCUGCCGGGGUCAUGCGGGCCGGCGUCCCGGUCGCGUGCCUCGAGAUCAUGGACGACGUGCAGAUGCGCGUCGUCAACUUGAGCGGCAGCACAGCUCCACGAACGUGGAAAGAGCUGCCCACGCUCUUCUUCAAGUUCUCCGGGUCCAAGGCGAGCGUCGCCGAGAACACCGCCACGGUGCAGGCCAUCACGUCGCGAAACGGCGGCCAAGACUUUGAGUUUGCCAAGGACGAGCGGGAGCAGAAGCUGCUGUGGUCGGCCAGAAAAGAGUCGCUGUGGUCGAUGCUUGCCUUACGAAAGACGGGUCAGGAUGUUUGGAGCACCGACGUUGCCGUGCCACUCAGCCGCCUCGCCGACCUGAUCGAGGUGAGCAAGCAGGAGAUGGACAGCCUGGGCAUGUUUGCGAGCAUCCUGGGCCACGUUGGCGACGGCAACUUUCACGAGAGCAUCAUGUACGACCGGGGCAACCCGGAGGAGCGCGAGCGGGUGGCGCGGUGCGUGCACAACAUGGUGAACCGGGCGCUCAACAUGGAGGGCACGUGUACAGGCGAGCACUCGGUCGGCUGGGGCAAGAAGGAGAGCCUCGUCAAGGAGGUCGGACAGGAGACGGUGGACGUGAUGGCGGCGAUCAAGAAGUCGUUGGAUCCGCGAUGGAUAUUGAACCCGGGCAAGAUCAUGGACGUGCCGUGGCUGCCCAAAGAGACGCACGCGACGAAGGCGGAUGUGGCGGUUACGCCUAUUCGGAGGUUGGCGAAGCAGGAGGUUUCGGAGUAG